CCAAAUACAAAAACCCCACAAAGAAGAGCACAAGGAAAUCCCUCACCUUCCCCACUCCCACCACUUUUACAAUAAAUAAAAUUAAUUAGGCAUAAAUAUCUACUUCCAUAUUUAGAUGCAUGUAUAAUCUUGAGAAUCUUUAGUAAAGAAUUUUCCUGUUUUAGCUUAAGCAUAUGUAUGUAUAUGUAAUAGACACAAGCUAAAUUUGUGAGUUUUUCUUGAACUGCUGUCAUCCUCAGAAAAAGAAAGAUCGUAAUUACUUGGGGAAAGUCUAAUAUGCCUACUAUUGCUAAACAUGAUGGACGGCAGCUGGAGACUGGGCUGCGAAUUACCUCACAAUCAACUACCCAAAUGCAACCAUGGUGGCAGGGUUAUGGUGAUAAUACUAUGCCUUUGCCAAGUGAGAAUGCCGUUACCCAGGGGAAAUCUGAAGGUGGCAAUGAGGGAAAAGAAACAAAGGCUCUAGCCAUGGAAUCUGGAUCAGAUGGAAAUAACGAGCAAUACAAGCAGCACCUCAAUCAUUUUUCACCCGCAACUUCUGCCAUCAUGGCCGAGCAGCAGAAGGAACUCACAGGUCAUUCAGCUAUGUUGGCGUCAUAUCCAUAUCCAGAUAUGCAGUAUGGGGGAAUGAUGACUUAUGGGGCACCUGUACAUCCUCACUUAUUUGAAAUUCAUCAUGCUCGAAUGCCUUUGCUUCUUGACAUGGAAGAGGAGCCGGUCUACGUGAAUGCAAAACAGUACCAUGGAAUUUUAAGGCGAAGACAGAUAAGAGCUAAAGCAGAGCUUGAAAGGAAAGCCAUUAAAGCGAGAAAGCCCUAUUUGCAUGAAUCUCGGCAUCAACACGCUAUGAGAAGGGCUAGGGGAUCUGGAGGCCGUUUUCUGAAUACUAAAAAGCUGAAUGACAUGGACUGUACACGAGAGGAGACUAAAAAAUAUGGGGCAACCAUUCCAACUCACUCUGGCAACUCGUCAGGUUCCGUGAGUUCUGAUCAAGGGGGAAAGGAAGGACCUACAGUUCAAGAUAUGCACAAAGGACACAGCCACAGUUUCUCAACUGGCAAUGGCCAUGGUUCAUCUGUAUAUUUUGCCCAGAGCACUGGAAGUGAGCAAGGGAAUGGCCACUACGGUCGUGGAAGCUGGAGCCUGCUGGUCAAUCAGGCUUCUCGGGGGGCAGCAUCCAGCAAUUAAGAAGCUACUCUCCACUUGAUGGAGGGGUCAGCCCAGCAUUUUCUCAUGACAUGGGUCCAAUUCUUGCAUCGUUCAUGCAGGCAAUGCUGAACGUACAUGCGAGGUAACUUCACUGUGGCAUGGGGCUAUGCUCAGGCAAUUCAUUCUUGGCUUGGUUACUUGUACUAUAUGAGCGGUGAUGAGGAAGAAAAGAUCAUAUGGCGAGAUGCUACAAAUUCGCCAUUUAUUUGUCUUUCCCCUCACCCUUUAUGUAAAUAAAGAAAAAUAUAUGUCGAAUGUAGGACUAGAAGCAGUUUGGAAUCUGAUACUACAAAAUACUGCAGCAUCUUGAAUGUGUGUGGCUAUUUGUUGGAUGGGUUUGUAAAACUGACAUACUAUGAAGUUGCUUUUCUGCUGUUUGCUUGAUUUUCCAA